GUUGUCGAGAUGAAUAUGUUCGGGUGCUGACUCAUUCUCCGACCUCUCGACGAUUUAUCAUCAACAUAUCGGCGCUUCUCUUGCUUUUAACAGAGAUUCUCUUUGUCAGACGACGCUGACAAAAGCCUAGAGGGUUCGCUUGCACGACGUAUAAAACCUCGAUGCGUCAAGCCCCCUCUUUUCCUCAGACUCAUUCGAGUCAUCGCGUCCUCUUCACCUAUUACAUUCACCCACCUCCACCCGGUAUCUCUAGAUCCAUAUCAUGUCCCACGUCGGCACAUUCUACGGCUUCGAAAAGCAGCGCCAGGCCAUAACCGUGCGCGCCGUCGCGGCGAUCACGGGCCAGUCGCUCAUCACGCCCCCGGUCAUAAACGGCGAGACGAACAGGACGCCCGAGUUCCUCGCGCGCUUCCCGUUCGGCAAGAUCCCCGCGUUCGAGGGCGCGGAUGGGUUCUUGCUCACCGAGGGCGCGAGCAUCGCUCGGUAUCUGGCAGCAAGGAAACCCGAGAGCGGGCUCCUCGGCAGGGACAUUAAAGAAGACGCGCUGAUCGACCAUUGGGUGCACUUUGCGGAGACGAACCUCUACACGAACCUCGAGCCCAUCUUUUACUUCUCCGCCGACGUCUCUCCGGGGUACACGCCUGAGCAAACGGAAUGGCUGUACAACCGCGCCAUCUUCGCUCUCAGCCACAUCGAGUCGCACUUGGGCGAAGAGGGCGGCCGCCAAUACCUCGUCGCGGAGCGACUGACUCUCGCAGACAUCGUCCUGGCUGGGACCAUCUACUUUGCGACGCGGGUCGUCCUUGGCAAGAAGGAGCGCGAGGCGCUGCCGAGGACGAUGGCGUACUUUGAGAGGAUCAAGGCAGACAAGCGCGUGGGCGGAGAGAUCACGGAGCCAGAGUAUUUGGAGGUCAGUUGGAAAGGAAAGUCGGUGGCAAAGUGAAACUAUUAAGGUUUCAAGCGGUUGAAUGGGAGGUUAUUUCCGUCACAGAAAGACUUGGAAGAGCUGUAGUAAAAUUCAGAUAUGGUGUUUAUGCCCCGGUUGCCUUCCAGACGAUGAUAUGGAUGUUUACAAGGGCCAGUGCUUAAAGGAAUGCAUCGAGUUUGAGUAGACCUUGUAAUUGGGUUGGCUUCCAU